UCACAACUUGCCCCCCCCCCCACCUUCUAUCACUGCCGUCAUCACCAUGGAUAGACGCACUCCCUACACCUUGAGCGUCCUCGCUCCCAGUGUUGAUGGUGUUGAAGACUCUCGCAGUCAAAUUCGAAUGAAAUUAAGGGAGUUUGUGUUGGAGUUUCAGUUGGAUAAUGCUUUUAUCUAUCGGGAUCAAUUGAGACAAAAUGUCCUGGUCAAGCAAUAUUACUGCGAUAUCGAUAUCGCGCACAUGAUCUCAUACAACGAGGAGCUGGCCCACAAGCUUACCACCGGACCUGCAGAUAUUAUCCCCCUCUUCGAGGCAGCCCUUCAAGAAUGUACCCAGCGCAUUGUAUAUCCUUCACAACGAGACAUCGAGCUCCCACCUCAUCAGCUCCUGCUCCAUUCGUCCGCGACGCAUAUCUCGAUCCGAGACCUCAAUGCCACCAAUAUCUCGCAUCUCGUGCGGAUCCCGGGUAUCGUCAUCGGUGCCUCUACGAUAUCAUCCAAAGCUACCUUGAUGCACCUCCGAUGCAAAGCCUGUGGCUAUACCGAGAAUCUCCCGGUUGAAGGUGGAUUUGCUGGUAUGCAGCUUCCCAGGAAAUGUGGUCGUCCGCAACAACCCGGCGAUCCCACCUCGGAACCGUGCCCGCUUGAUCCGUAUGUCGUCUCGCACGAGAAAUGCCACUUCGUUGAUCAGCAAGUCCUGAAGCUGCAGGAGGCACCCGACCAGGUCCCUGUGGGUGAGCUUCCUCGCCAUGUUCUCAUUUCAGCCGAUCGCUACCUCGCCAACCGAGUCGUGCCUGGUUCUCGCUGCACGGUCAUGGGCAUUUUCUCCAUUUACCAAUCCUCCAAGGGCGGAAAGAAGGACGGAGCAGUCGCCAUCCGCAACCCGUAUCUGCGGGCAGUCGGUAUCAGCACGGAUCUCGAUCACACCGCCAAAGGCAGUGCCAUCUUUUCUGAGGAAGAGGAGCAAGAAUUUCUGGAACUCAGCCGUCGUCCCGACUUGUACGAUGCCCUGGCACGGAGUAUUGCACCAUCGAUCUAUGGAAACCUGGAUAUUAAGAAGUCGAUUGUCUGUCUGCUCAUGGGUGGCUCGAAGAAGAUCCUCCCCGAUGGCAUGAAACUCCGUGGUGAUAUCAACGUCCUCAUGCUCGGUGACCCCGGUACUGCCAAAUCUCAACUACUCAAGUUCACAGAAAAGGUGGCGCCGAUCGCAAUCUAUACGUCUGGUAAGGGAUCGUCCGCGGCGGGUUUGACUGCUUCCGUACAACGUGACCACGUUACGCGCGAGUUCUACUUGGAAGGAGGUGCCAUGGUGCUCGCCGAUGGUGGUGUCGUCUGUAUCGAUGAGUUCGACAAGAUGAGGGACGAAGAUCGUGUUGCUAUCCACGAAGCCAUGGAACAACAGACCAUCUCCAUCGCCAAGGCCGGUAUCACCACCAUCCUCAACUCCCGGACAUCUGUCCUGGCCGCAGCCAACCCCAUCUUUGGUCGUUAUGACGAUCUGAAGACCCCGGGCGAGAACAUCGAUUUCCAGACCACCAUCCUGUCGCGUUUCGAUAUGAUCUUCAUUGUACGGGACGAUCACGAGCGCAGCCGCGAUGAAAACAUCGCCAGACACGUUAUGGGUGUUCACAUGGGAGGACGUGGCAUUGAGGAGCAAGUUGAGGCGGAGAUCCCCUUGGAGAAGAUGAAGCGUUAUAUCAGCUACUGCCGCACCCGUUGCGCACCCCGCCUGUCUGAUGAAGCGGCUGAAAAGCUGUCGUCCCACUUCGUCACAAUCCGAAAGCAGGUCCACCGUCAUGAAGUCGACGCUGGCGCCCGGUCAUCUAUCCCCAUCACAGUCCGUCAGCUCGAGGCCAUUGUUCGUAUCACCGAAUCACUGGCCAAGUUGAGCCUGUCGCCCAUCGCGACGGAAGCCCACGUCGACGAGGCCAUUCGCCUCUUCUUGGCGUCGACCAUGGAUGCCGUCAACCAGGGCGAGGGCCAAGGAAGCAAGGAGAUGAUGGAAGAAGCCAGCAAGAUCGAAGACGAACUGAAGCGCCGUCUUCCCAUCGGCUGGAGCACGAGUCUGGCGACGUUAAAGCGCGAGUUUGUCGACGGAAGAGGAUACACCGAACAAGCCCUCAACCGCGCUCUGGUGGUCAUGCAACGCCGCGACACCGUCCAGAUCCGCUCCGGUGGGGCGCAGGUGUAUCGACACGGUGUGUAAGGAUUUCCUGCUUUCUUGGUCUUUGUUUCGGGACAAUGUCAAAUGAACGGUCAUGACGGUUUCUUUCUGAUUACACGUUUUCUUUUGGCGGGGAUAUCGUUUCCAUACCAAAUUGGGCUCGGGCACAGCGCGGAUGAACGGUGUAUAUGGCGCAUGAGUUGUUUCUCUGGGGUCUACGAACCCUUCUAUCUCUCUAUUAGAAC